GGUCAUUCAGCAGAGACGGAAAUAGGGGGUUGUUGUGGAGUGUCCUUUUAAUGUAAUUGCCGCACACAUUCAAGAAUUGUUCAUUUCUAUCACACAUAUGUGUUAAUUUAAACAUAUAACAUACAAACAUCUACCCUUUGGUUGGGUUUCCAUGCGGACGACUUUAAUUUUGAUUGGCUGAUACUUGUUCGGAAUAUCCGACAUAGACAUCCUUGGCUACGUCAUUUUAAAGGGCCAUAUGUUCGAGUCUUCACUAUUUUUGCACAGGUAGCUGCAGCUGGUUUCAUUCAAUAAAGCAAGGAUGCCGCUGCCCCCUGCUUUAUUGGCACGCCUGGCCAAGAGAGGAAUAUUGAAACAAUCUGAUCACGAAACGGAAGAGGAGAUUAUUGCUGAAGACUAUGACGACAACAACGUGGACUACGAGGCCACCAGAGUAGAGAAUUUGCCUUCCAACUGGUACAAAGUUUUUGACCCUGCUUGUGGCCUGCCAUAUUACUGGAAUAUAGAAACAGACUUGGUUUGCUGGCUGUCUCCAAAUGACCCGGGUGCUGUGAUUACCAAGGCAGCAAAGAGACUACGAGUGAUCGAUGUGGGAGAGGAGCGAGUGGAGAGGCAGUUUGAGAAGCCAGAGAGGGACCGCGACCGCGAGAGGGAGCGAGAGAGAGACCGCGACCGCGAGCGAGAGAGAGACCGAGACCGGGAGGAGCCGAGGGACAGGCGGCAGCAGCGCAGAGACGACAUCGCCCCCUACAGCAAGGGCAAGAGAGGGAGGGACCGGAAGAUGGAGGAGAUGGACCCCAUGGACCCCAGUGCAUAUUCGGAUGCACCUCGGGGAACGUGGUCCACCGGGCUGCCCAAGAGGAACGAGGCGAAGACGGGAGCGGACACCACGGCGGCGGGGCCCCUGUUCCAGCAGAGGCCCUACCCGAGCCCCGGGGCCGUGCUGAGGGCCAACGCUGAGCUCACCAAGCUGAAGGAGGCGUAGGGUCACCUGACCCGCAUGGUCCAAUCAUCUCCUUCCAGGUCUCGAGUCUCGAAGGUGGAAAAAAAAUACUACCGGAGAAUUGUUCCUUGUAGUAUAUUUGUAAAUAGUUGUCAUUUUUUUUUCUAGCAGUAAAAUGCAAGUUCUAACAGUGAAGGCAAACUGGGUGCAUUGAUGAAGCAGUCCAGAAUGAGUUAACUUUAUUACAGUGGAGCCAUUGUUUUUAACUUGAAUAUUUGACAAAAUACAUGCCUGGGAGCUGUCGUUUUACUGAACUGCCGAGUGGACUUUUCAGCUGUGGAACUGGGGCGAGUGGGGCCUUCUGGUAGUGUUCUGUGGUACAUUUGUCAAAGAGAAGAUUCAUAUUCUCAGUAAUGAACCAUGCUGUGGAUCAGGAGUGUCAAGCCCCGGUCCUAGAGGGGCCCCAGUGUCUGCUGGUUUUCAGUGCGUUUCCGCAUGAGUGAUAUAUUUAAGUAAUCGAUUGGUAAAACACUUCCAUGAUUGGGGUUAAACCUGCAGACACUGCGGCCCUCCAGGACAGGGGUUAAACCUGCAGACACUGCGGCCCUCCAGGACUGGAGUUAAACCUGCAGACACUGCGGCCCUCCAGGACUGGAGUUAAACCUGCAGACACUGCGGCCCUCCAGGACUGGAGUUUGACACCCAGAUGUGGAUACUCAUGCCUAUUACAUGCGUCAUGUUCCAGUCGCCCGCUUGUGUGCGUGAAGCCGUUUAAUAAACAAAGCUGCCUGUGAA